AUGGAUGCUACGUUCCUCUACCUCCGCUGCCUCCUCUUUCUCUUCUGCUUUCUCUCCCAUACGAAAGCUGGCGCCGUGGACGAGCGUCAACUUCUUUUGAAGUUCAAGUCUACAUUCGAAAAUUCAAGCACCAACAGCAUCCUCAACACAUGGAACUCCUCAAAUCCUGUGUGUAGUUUCAGCGGAGUUGCCUGCAAUGGAAAGAAGUUCGUUCGAGAAAUCGACCUUACGGAUCAAAACUUAUCCGGGUUUCUGGUGCUGGACGACAUAUGCCAGCUCAAGUCAUUGGAAAAGCUGGUGUUGAGAAACAAUGCUUUUCAUCCACGUCUCUUCCCAAGUGAAAUCUUCAGCCUCAAGAAUCUCACAUAUCUUGACUUGGCGAACUGUAGCCUCCAAGGACCAGUUCCGAAGAGUAUUGGAAACCUCUCGGAGCUUACACUCUUGGACCUAUCUUAUAACAACAUGGUCGGGGAAAUUCCAUCCGAGGUUGGCAAGCUCACCAAGCUAUGGCAGCUCGAGCUCUACUGCAACCACUUGAACGGAACGCUUCCUUUCGGGCUAAGAAACCUCACAAACCUGGAGAAUUUCGACGCCUCAAAGAACUUACUCGAAGGGAAUUUGUUGGAGUUCCGAUUCUCGAAGAACAUAGUUUCUUUGCACUUGUACGAGAACAAUUUAUCUGGAGAAGUGCCAGCUGAGUUUGGAGAAUUCAAGAAGCUUGUGGACCUCGGUUUGUUCAAAAACAUGUUGACCGGUCCUCUGCCUCAGAAACUAGGCUCUUGGUCUAAAUUUGACAGCGUUGAUCUAUCUGAGAAUUUCUUGACGGGAACUAUUCCGCCUGAUAUGUGCAAGAUGGGGACGAUGACUAAGCUUUUGUUCGUGCAGAACAAGCUCUCUGGCGAAAUUCCUCAAAAUUACGCCAAGUGUACGACGUUGAAAAGGUUCAGAGUCAACAACAACUUGCUCUAUGGUGUUGUUCCUCCUGGGAUCUGGGGCCUGCCUAAUGCAGAAAUCAUUGACAUUAGAUCGAAUCGAUUUGAAGGUCCGAUUACUUCUCAUAUCGGAAAAGCUAGGACGCUUCCUUUGCUGUUCGCGAGUUAUAAUGAACUAUCUGGUGAAUUGCCAGAUGAGAUUUCCAAAGCAACAUCUUUGGUGUCGAUUGUUUUGGAUAACAAUCGCUUUUCGGGUAGAAUUCCGAGGAGUCUUGGUGAUCUGAAGCAUCUGAGUAUUCUGUAUUUGCAAAGCAACAUGUUCUCUGCGUCAAUACCAAAGUCUUUAGGAAGAUGUUUUCUCCUGAGCGACGUGAACAUGGCCCACAACUUGCUUUCUGGUGAAAUCCCGUCAUCCUUAGGCUCACUUCCAUCCUUGAACUCCCUGAACUUAUCACAUAAUCAGCUUUCCGGUCAAAUUCCAGAAAAAUUAGCAUCCUUAAUGCUUCUUGACCUGACGCACAACAGACUCACUGGUGUCAUACCAAAAACUUUGUCGAUUGCAGCCUACAAGAGUAGCAUUUCUGGUAACCCCGGUCUCUGCAGCAUGUACAUGAGCUCCUUCCCGCAAUGUUCUCCUGGUUCGGGCCUGUCCAAGGAUGUCCGGAUAGUCAUUAUUUGUUUCUCAGUAGGCUCAGCAAUCUUGCUUGUGUUACUCAUCUGCGCCCUGCAAGAGAAUCUAAUUGGAAGAGGGGCUUCUGGAAAUGUUUAUAGAGUUUUACUUGCUGAUGGUAAAGAACUCGCUGUAAAACACAUAUGGAACACUGAUCCAAGUGGUGGGAAGUCCAAAGCAUUUGAUGCUGAGGUGGCGACCUUGAGCUCAAUUAGGCAUAUUAAUGUGGUGAAGCUGUAUUGCAGCAUUACUAGUGAGGGCUCAAGCUUUUUGGUCUAUGAGUACCUGCCCAAUGGCAACUUGUGGGAUCGGCUUCAUACGUCGGAGGAUAUGAAGCUUGCUUGGGAGCCAAGGUAUGAGAUAGCAGUGGGAGCAGCCAAAGGACUGGAGUAUCUGCAUCAUUGCUUGGAGAGGCCUAUGAUGCACAGAGAUGUCAAGUCUAGUAACAUUUUACUGGAUGAGCUCUUGAAGCCUAGGAUUGCUGAUUUUGGGCUUGCCAAGAUUGUUGAGGCUAGUGCAGGCAGGGACUCUACCCAUGUUGUUGCUGGAACACAUGGCUACAUUGCUCCUGAAUAUGGAUACACCUACAGAGUGAAUGAGAAAAGUGACGUGUAUAGCUUUGGAGUGGUGUUAAUGGAGCUAGUGACCGGAAAGAAGCCGAUGGAGCCAGAGUUUGGUGAGACCAACAACAUAGUGAGCUGGGCAUGCACUAUGCACAGUAGUAGAGAGAGCAUACCAAGUAUGGUGGACUCAUAUCUUCCAAAGGCCUGCAAGGAAGAGGCUAUUGAGGUGCUAAGAAUUGCCAUGCAAUGCACAGAUAGGCUUCCUGAGCGAAGACCCUCCAUGAGAAGUGUGGUUCGCAUGCUAGAGGAGGGGACUGGAUCAAAGCCACAGGCAUGGACAGAGCAGCAUAUUCUUGGCGUAUUCGAAACCAGAGCUGAAACCAAGAUGAGUUUGCUGGCCAUAAUCAUUUGUUGUCAAGAUAAAAUCUCUGAUGCAUACAGAGAGUUGCUUCCUGUACUUUCCGAGGCUCUUAAAUCUGGAACCGCGACAUUAAAGAUGUUGAAUUGUUUGGCUAUUGUGGGUUUUGUUGGUUCAACUAACUCGGAGAGGAGACCGAAAGUGCCAUGCAAAUUAUUUUGGAGUUCAUUCAUCCUGAAUCUGUCAGUGAUGUCAACACAAAAGAGCAUUCGGCAGAGAGCCGUUUACUACUUCUCAAACCGAUUAGAGCACAAUGAUAAGUUAGUUCGUGUAGCAGCUUGUGAAGCACUGGCCUUGAUAUUUGAAACUGGUAGUCUUGAUAAGUUUUGGAAGGAAGCGAAGGAUCAUAGCAACUGUUCACAUAUGCAACAAUCACUGAGACCAGCUCCACAAGAGGCUCGGCUGCCAGAAGGGUACCAACCGCCUUGCUUUGUGGCUGACAUGUUUUUCCCUUGGGCAACUGAUGCUGCUGCAAAAGUUUGCAUUCCAAGGCUGGUUUUUCAUGGGACUAGCUUCUUUGCUUUGGCUGCAUCAGAUUGUGAGAGGCGAUAUGAGCCUUUCAAGAGCAUGUCAUCUGAUUCAGGACCCUUUGUCAUGCCCAAUCUUCCAGGGGAGAUCAAGAUGACAGGAGCCCAAGUGCCUUAUUUUCUGAAGGAGAAUAUUGAUAAUGACUUGACACAAUUAAUGAAACGUGCUCAGGAAUCUGAGGUGAGGAGCUAUGGGAUUGUUGUCAAUAGUUUCUAUGAGCUCGAACCUGUUUAUGCACAUUAUUACACAAGGGUCUUGGGGAGGAAGGCAUGGCAUAUUGGUCCUCUUUCUCCGUGCAACAGGGACAAUGAGGAAAAAUCAUAA